AAGAUCUUUCUUACUGUUGCAUAAAGGUUGUCAAAUCCAAACGGGGAAAUCAAGAGUUUCAAAAGCCGUAGACAGACAUGAGAGGAGGAUUGAAUAGUGUUCGGUUCCGAAAACUCUGUCAAGAAUAGCAGUAAAUUUUCCUGUUGCAGGAUAACAACUCCGUCCAAUCUAUCCAAUGUUAUAUUCCACCUUCACUUUAUUACAUUCAGUCUGUAUUGCCAGCUUUUUCUAAAGAGUGGACAUAGGUUUUCUUUGCUUUUGAAGUGUCGUCCUCUUCCAAACAGUAAAUCAUACGAAGCUGACAAGGUUGAGGCUUUACUGAGUUCAUAGUUGAUCAAAUAUUGAAGAAACGCUUUAUAGAACAUCUGACUCCACAGUUAUCCUGCAAGAUAAAGUAGAGAAUUUGAAGCUAAAUUCUCAUUUAGAAAACUGAGUCUAUUUGGAAAGUUGGAAAGAUGAGAGAAGGGGGUUGUAAAAUAUAGAAGUGGAUCGAUCGCUGAACACAAAUAAUUGUCUUUGUAGAAGAUUGUGAUGAGUGAGCAACAGACGUUCCGAUUUCAAAUUCAAAUAUUUGAAAAAGAGGAGGACCAGUGGAAAAAAAUCCAACCCGCCAAAGUACGUUGGCAUUACGUCCAAUUUAAAUCUCUUUCUUUUGCAUCCGAAAUUCCUUUCAAAUUAUUCCUUUGAUUGGCGGUGAACUUGUCAGCGAACUUUGUAGUCCUUGUGCAAUAGUUGUACAGUAAUCAUUAAGAAAAAUGAGAGAGAUUGUUCAUGUACAAGCAGGUCAAUGCGGUAAUCAGAUUGGUUCAAAAUUUUGGGAAGUGAUUUCUGGAGAACACGGCAUCAAUCCAAACGGAACAUAUGAAGGCAACUCUCCUACGCAGUUAGACCGUAUCAAUGUCUAUUAUAACGAAGCAACUGGCUCGAGAUACGUUCCUCGCGCUGUUUUGGUGGAUCUUGAACCGGGAACUAUGGACUCAGUGAAAGCUAGUACCUAUGGAAAGCUUUUUCGACCAGAUAACUUCGUAUAUGGUCAAAAUGGAGCAGGCAACAAUUGGGCUAAAGGUCACUAUACAGAAGGUGCUGAGUUGAUUGACAAUGUACUGGAUGUAGUAAGGCGAGAAGCAGAGUCUUGUGAUUGCUUACAAGGUUUUCAAAUUACACAUUCUCUUGGUGGAGGUACUGGCUCUGGCUUAGGAACUCUUUUAAUAUCUAAAAUCCGUGAAGAAUAUCCUGACAGAAUGAUGGGAACUUAUUCUGUUGUUCCUUCUCCAAAAGUAUCCGAUACCGUUGUGGAACCUUACAACUGUACUCUAUCUGUUCAUCAACUGGUAGAAAAUGCAGAUGAAGUUUUUUGUAUUGACAAUGAAGCACUGUAUGAUAUUUGUCUUCGAACACUGAAACUUAGCAGUCCCAGUUACAGCGACCUCAAUCAGCUAGUAUCCGCAGUCAUGUCCGGAAUAACAUGUUCGUUGAGGUUCCCUGGACAACUUAACGCAGAUUUACGAAAGUUGGCUACUAACUUGAUUCCAUUUCCUCGACUGCACUUUUUCAUGAUUGGAUUUGCACCCUUGAGUGCUCCAGGUUCUCAACAGUAUAGAUCUGCCAGUGUUUCUGAACUGACGCAGCAAAUGUUUGAUGCGAAGAAUAUGAUGGCUGCUUGUGAUCCUCGUCAUGGUCGCUAUUUAACUGCUGCAGCUUAUUUCCGUGGGAAUAUGUCCACUCAAGACAUCGACGAUCAAAUGUUUCAUAUUCAAAAUAAGAACUCUUCCUAUUUUGUAGAAUGGAUUCCUAAUAACAUUAAGAGCUCGUUGUGUGACAUUCCGCCUUUAGGAAUGAAAAAAUCUGCAACUUUUGUCGGCAACUCUACAUCUAUUCAAGAACUAUUUCAACGAGUUGGUGAACAAUUCACUGCCAUGUUUCGCCGCAAAGCAUUCCUUCACUGGUAUACUGGUGAAGGCAUGGAUGAAAUGGAAUUCAGUGAAGCAGAAAGUAACAUGAAUGAUUUAGUAUCAGAAUAUCAACAAUACCAAGAGGCUACUGCUGAGGAUGACUUUGAUAUAGAGUUGGAAGAAGAGACCUUCUAGGAAUACGACUCGAGUCUAUUGAACGCUUUUUUAGACCUCAUGUUGAGUUUCAUUCGUUACACUUUUUCAAACACUGGAUAAAGACAAUUUUUUUCAA